UGAAAGUUUUCAGUUGGCCCAGUAAGAUCGCGCAAAACAGACGAAAAUCAUCAAAUUAUUUUUGUCAAUUUGAUUAAGAAUAUUGUAAAUAGUGACGAGGUUAAAGGUGUAGGCCAUAAAAUUUAAUAAUUUAGUGCUGAAAAUUAGCGGCGAAAAUAUUCGGCCCGUGGGUUUUUUAUAGUUGAAAUCCAUGAUUCGCCUUGAAAUAGUGAAAAAUGGCGGAAGCUGAGAGGUACGGUCGAGAAUACAGCAGACUAAGAAGACUCACUAGUAAUUUAGAUGUGCAACAAUCUUGUACAGAAUAUGGCCUCUCGGAAGACCAAGUGGCCGAAUUCAAAGAAGCCUUUAUGCUCUUCGACAAGGACGAAGACGGGACAAUCACAAUGGCUGAGUUGGGGGUAGUGAUGAGAUCCUUAGGGCAGCGGCCUACUGAAACUGAAUUACGAGAUAUGGUCAAUGAAGUGGAUCAAGAUGGAAACGGAACUAUCGAGUUUAAUGAGUUUUUGCAGAUGAUGUCGAAGAAAAUGAAAGAUGCGGAUGGAGAAGAAGAGUUGAAGGAAGCUUUUAGAGUGUUCGAUAAAAACAAUGAUGGACUGAUUUCAUCAACGGAAUUGCGUCAUGUGAUGACUAGUUUAGGGGAACGGCUUUCGGAGGAAGAAGUCAAUGACAUGAUUAAAGAAGCUGAUUUAGACGGAGAUGGUCAAGUUAAUUAUGAAGAAUUCGUUACUAUCCUCACCUCAAAAAAAUAGAGCAAGACUGCAAGACAAUGGUCCAAAUUUUUGUACAAGAUCUGCUUGGUUAUAUAAAUCUAUAAAAAUUGAUAUUACAUAUGCUGCUAUAUUAUAUUGGAACAAAGUCUUCAAAUCUCUUUUUAUGUACUUAGAUUAUGCUAUAGCACAGCUUCACGUCUCAAUAGAAGGCUUUCUUUCAGUGGCGUAGCUUUCAUCCACAGAAUUAAUAUAAAAAAUUGAAGUAUUAAUUUAUAACAAUGAAAUAUAUAGUAUAAAGCACAUAAAAUAUUGGUUAAUUUUUUGGUCAACGACGUUUCCUUAUUAUCUAUCUUCAUCUUGUUUAACUAGUUAAAAAUUAAAAUUAAAUAAAUAUAGGCUACUGCGUUUCGAAUCAAA